AUGGUAAAGCAACAGAAUCCCAAGGAGCAGUGCCCAAGGUGCGCCAAGGGAAAGAUGGUAACAGACACUGAGUCAGGGGAGACGUUCUGCUCCAACUGCGGUUUCGUUCUGUCUGAGAAGCUCCAAGAGUAUGGUCCUGAGUGGCGCUCGUUUACCCAGGAUGAGCGCGGGGACCGUGCCAGGGCUGGAGCCCCCACCUCGCUUACGAUGCACGACAUGGGACUUGCCACCAUAAUAAACCCGAUAAACAAGGACGCGUCGGGCAGGCCCCUCACGACGUCGAUGAAGUCCACCAUAGAGAGGCUGAGAACGUGGGACAGCAGGAGCCAGGUACAUGAGCCGGUAGACCGUAACUUCCGGCAGGCGUUCUCGGAGCUGAACAGGCUCAAGGACAAGCUGGCAAUAUCUGAUGCGGUGAUAGAAAAGGCGGCAUACAUAUACAGAAAGGCGUUGGAGAAGGGCCUGGUCAGGGGAAGAUCCAUCUCCGCACUCAUGGCCUCGGCGCUGUACGCCGCAUGCAGGGACACGUCCACGCCGAGAAACCUCAAGGACGUGGAGCAGGCAGCCAACAUCAAGCGCAAGGAUAUCGCUAGGUGUUACAGGCUGCUGGUAAAGGAGCUGGAUCUGAAGAUGCCGGUAACCGACUCGAUCCAAUGUGUUGCAAGAAUUGCCAGUAGAAUCGGCAUAGCCGAAAAGACAAAGCGGUACGCAAUCAAGGUGCUCAAGGAGGCCCAGAAGCGCGAGGUCUCUGCGGGCAAGGACCCCAUGGGACUUGCCGCCGCAGCGCUGUACCUGUCCUGCGUAAAGAACGGCGAGGACAAGACGCAGCGGGACAUUGCCGAGGCGGCCAACGUUACCGAGGUAACAAUACGGAACCGCUACAAGGGCCUCAAAGAAUCGCUGGACGUUUAG